ACCACAGCAUGGGACCCGAGCGGCUUCGGUACCCACAAGUGCACUGCUGAAGAGGGAAAGGGAGCUUGACGUGGAAGAAACCCACCGCUGACUGAGCAGUCACUCUCAACGCCUCUGAGGCCAAGAGUUGCAAACGAGGCUCCUGAGAAAAGUCCCUCGCCACGGCCCGGCGGCGGCGGGAAAGAAACAAACUGCUCCCCUCGGCAUCCCAGCCCGCUCGGGGAGGCGGAGAAGCCGCUCCUCCCAGAGUAGCAUCCGUCCCGCCUUCCAGCCGCUUUAAGUUCCCACCCAGCGCAGGCCUUCUUCUCCACCUCGCCUUCUUCCCACACGAGUGUCCUCCAGCCCCGACCUUUUCCCUAGCGGCUCCUCUCCUCAGCGGCCCCGGUCUUGCUUCUCUCACGCUCUGGUGGAUAGCGAAAGGGCUCUCGCCAGCGACGGGUGUGAUGAGAAAACUGGCUUCCGGCUGGCAUUUUAAAUAUCACUUGCCUGGAUAGUGUAAAGCAGUGAUUACCAUACGGCGUGAUCCUCUCAUGUUUGCUGAGAAGCCCACGAUUCUAAUAGGACUUACUUCCAACAGGGGGAAGUGUGGUUAAUUUCAAUUCAGAAUGCCUAACUCUAAAAGCAGAUCUCUGCAUAAGCACAACGUUGAUCAAGAAGCUCAGAGGCAUGAAUUAGUCUCUAGAUCCUUGCAAAGUGCUCAACAUUGUCUGGAGAAUCAGGACUUUGGAACUGCAUAUGCACAUUAUCUCUUGGUAUUAAAUCUAGCCCCUGAGCUUAAAACUGAUGUCAAGGAAAUGUUUCAGUUUACCCUUUUUAAAUGGGCAGAAGAGCUGGAUUCUCUUGCACGAAUUCAAGAUUUAUUUGACUGCUAUGAGCAUGCCCUGGAAUUGUUUCCUAAUGAUGAAGUCAUAUGUAACAGCAUGGGAGAGCAUCUCUUCAGAAUGGGCUUUAGGGAUGAAGCAGCUGCAUAUUUUCAUAAAGCUGUGAAGCUAAACCCUGACUUUCCAGAUGCAAAGGAGAAUUUUUACCGUGUUGCCAACUGGGUAGUAGAAAGAUGGCACUUCAUCAUGCUUAAUGACUCCAAUAGGAAUUUGCUAUAUCAAAGGGCAAUUGAAAAGGCCAUUCGUUCAGGAUGCAGAAGUGUUCUUGAUAUUGGAACAGGAACUGGAAUUCUCAGUAUGUUUGCCAAAAAGGCUGGAGCACCUUCUGUCUAUGCUUGUGAGUUGUCAAAGACCAUGUAUGAAUUGGCUUGUGAAGUUCUUGCUGCGAACGGUUUGGAUGGAGGAAUCAAACUUUUUCAUAUGAAAUCCCUUGAUAUAGAAAUCCCAAAGCACAUACCUGAAAGAGUUUCGCUGGUUGUCACUGAAACAGUAGAUUCUGGUUUAUUUGGAGAAGGAAUUGUGGAAAGUUUGAUCCAUGCCUGGGAGCACUUGCUUUUACCACCAAAGCCCAGUGAUGGCAGAGUUGAUGAAAACCAUGGUAAAGUUAUACCAGCAGGAGCUAUUGUAUGGGGAAUGGCAGUAGAAUGCAGACAGAUACGCAGACAUCAUAGGGUCAGUGCAAAAGAAAUUGCUGGCAUCUGUUUACCAGAAACAUUGGAGUUCCGCAGUCCAGCAUACGCUACAGUAAACUCGGAUGAAACUAUUGAACCUUACACCACUGAAAAACUCAGCAGAGUUCCUGGUGGCUAUAAGGCUCUCACAGAACAUUUCCAAAUUUUGACAGUCAACUUUAACAAUCUGCAGGAGCUGAAAAGCUUUGCAACUCGUACGCCGUCCAAGAUCAACAUGCCCAUUAUUAAAUCAGGAAUACUAGAUGCCGUUGUGGUCUGGUUUACGUUACAGCUUGAUGAUGAGCAUACACUUUCUACCAGUCCAAGUGAGGAUACCUGUUGGGAGCAGGCAGUGUACCCCGUACAAGGCCUCCAUGAUCACUCUGUGAGAACUGGAGACUGUGUUACAAUGGAAAUAUCCUGCCAAGACUGCUAUCUAAGGAUCCAAAAGAUUUCUCUUGUGACUUCAGAAUAUGGGAUGGAUGUGGAAAGAAACUUUAGAGAGAAGAACAGCGAGGCUGAGCUCUGCAGUGCUCUAGCCAGCCUUCAAACAGCGAGUACCCUGGAGAGUGUGAGACAAGAAUGCAUGCUAGAAUCCACUGAAAUCGCUUUACUGAACAAUAUGACAUAUCACGAAUGUUUUAAAGCUGCAAUAGGUAAAGUGCUGUCAUCAUUAAGCCUCCAUGAACAAUUACCCUCCAUGGAUGUGGACAACCGCAGUGAUGAGCUGAAUCUUGAAAAGAACCAAAGCAAGAAUUCAGUGAUUCCUGAUCCUCUGUAUGUGUUGGAUGUAUCAGAGGGCUUUUCAAUUUUGCCAGUAAUUGCAGGCAAAUUUGGGCCAGUUAAGGCAUAUAGCUCUGUUGAAAAAGAGCAGCACCAAGUAGCCCUCAGCCUGAUUACAGAAGCCAACAAAUUUCCUAAGGAAACAUUAGAGUUUUGGCUCAACCACCUACAGGAUGAAAAUGUCGUAUUGCAGAGGCCUAAAUCUGACAAGUUGUGGAGUAUUAUAAUUUUGGAUGUCAUAGAGACAUCUGGUCUCAUUCAGCAGGAUGUGAUGGAAAAGGCUGCAAUAUCCAGGUGUUUACUUCACUCUGGAGGGAAGAUAUUCCCACAGCAUGUAAAGAUGUACGGAAUGCUUGUGGAAUCAAGGUCAUUGGUACUUGAGACCGCAGUUCAAGGGACAGAUCCCACACUCGGUUUCAACAUUGCACCUUUUAUCAACCAGUUCAAGGUGCCUGUCCGUGUUUUUUUGGAUUUGUCUACGCUACCAUAUAUGCCUUUAAGCAAAUCAGUGGAACUUCUGCGAGUGGAUCUCAUGAAUCCAUAUUUAUAUAGUUCUAGUAGAGAAGUUAAGGUAGAAGUUUGUAAAGCAGGCCAAGUGACUGGAAUUCCGUUUUGGUAUCAAGUGUAUCUAGAUGAAGAUACUGUUUUGGACACAUCAAGCAAGUCCUCCCACUGGAAGCAAGCUGCUGUUGUAUUAGAUAAGCCUAUUCAAGUUCAAGCAGGAGAUGAACUUGUGCUCAGCAUUCAGUAUCACAAAAGUAAUGUUAGCAUUACAGUAAAACAGUAAACCGCCAUCAGCUACAGGGUUUUUUGUUUGAUUUUAGUGUUUAAAAAGCCCAAUUUUAGUUUUUUAUACAUAAGUUAAUCAUGUCCUAGCGUUACACUUUCUUAUUUGAUAUCAGCUUCUAUUGAACAAUUGUGAAAUUUAGCGCUGGUUUAGCAACAACUUCAAUCUUUUUCUGUGACAACAAAACCGUGGACUAUAAAGAUGGAGAAGAAUGAGUUUCUACCUGGAAGGCUGACAGUAUGAGUGUGUGUAAGGUGUCUACAGUGCUAAGUAACUUAAUAUUCAUAGUUUCCCCUGCCUUUGGAAAAUUUGUAUGAAUUUGAGCAUAAAAAGUAAAAUUAUAUGGAAUGCUGCAA